AUGCGUGCACUUGUGCCAGCAGGUAACUCUGGAGUCUGGGGUGGCGUGUUCAGCACGUACGAUUGCGCGAUCAAGGGGAUACGUCAAAAAGUAGAUGCAUGGAACGCCAUCCGCGCAAGUUUCAUGGCUGGAGGCUCCCUGGCAAUCCGUGGCGGCUACUGCGCAGCCAGAACACGCGCUGUGAGGUGCGCCCCCUUGUAUGUAGUGAUCGAAGGCGUUGGAAUCGGACUGACGGCGGGUACUACGAAGCUGGAGGUUGGUUCCUCACCUACAUCAUGA